AUGUCCCACUCCAGCCACAGGAUGUUCUCCAAGGCCGAUUUCCUGCUUGAAGUUCUCCCUGGACAUCCUUAAUCUGAAUAUCAAUUUUCGGUCCGAUUUGAGUAUACUUGUAAUCCUCCCAAUGACGACCUGGCAAGAAGGUGGAUCGUGAGAGAUGAAGAAUGCUUCAGGAGAGGACAGAUGUUGAGGGAUGGAGGGAGGCUGGGCCACGCCCACACGUCUCUCCCCAACAGGCUGACAGCCUCCCUUUAUUUAUCCUCGCCGCUCUUGGAAUUCUCCAGUUCUCCAGGUACAAUAGGUCUGUUCCACUGGAUUACCAGUGAAUAG